CAGACCUAAACGCUGCAAAGAAACCGUGAAGCGGCGAAUCUGUAAAGGAAGCCAUGACUACGAAGGAGGGACAGAGCAGGAAACGGAAGAGGGCAAGACGACACCGGGAACCGCCGCAGUCGACACACACGACGGAGCAUAAACGAGAAACCCAUCAACGAGAACAUGCUCGCCAAUCCUCUGCUUCUGCAAUGCCACCCAAAUCCUCUUCUUCUUCUUCUUCUUCUUCCUCUUUUCUCGACAAGAUUAAAGCCAAGUUAGCUGGAGGACACUUCAGGAUGAUCAAUGAAAAGCUCUACACUUGCACGGGUGAAGAAGCACUCAAAUAUUUCAAGGAAGACCCUGCAUUAUUUGAUAUGUAUCAUACAGGAUAUCAAGAGCAAAUGUCACAUUGGCCGGAGCAACCAACACCCCUUGACUCUGCCUCAGUAGAUGUUGCAGUCUUCUCUCUUUCAUUGAUGGGGACUAACUUUUCUAAUUACCUUAAGGAGGCACACAGAGUUCUCAAACCAAGUGGUUGGCUUUUGAUAGCAGAGGUCAAGAGCAGAUUUGAUCCGAGCAAUGGAGGAGCAGACCCAAAUAAAUUUUCUACAUCUGUUUGUGAUCUUGGAUUCACCUCAAUGUCAAAGGACCUCUCAAAUAAAAUGUUCAUUUUACUAUACUUCAAGAAAAAGGAGAACCAAAAGUCAAAAAAGAAAGAAAUCGAAUGGCCUGAGUUGAAACCUUGUUUGUACAAGCGUAGGUGAGAUAAAGAGGCACAAAAAUACAACUCAUUUUCUGCUAUGUGUCCAAAAUUUUGUCAGCUGCUUCCGUAUCUACAUUCUGCAAUGUGAUUUUGAUAGUUGGAGAUAUAAAUUGACUAUCAUUUCAAUGUGUUGGAUGAACUUAGACCAGACUCCCACAAUUGGGCCUGAAAUACCCCGCAGAAAAAAAGGGUCUCUAGAGG